AUGGCACCCUCAAAGACCGCAGAGGGCUCCAACCAGCUUACGGAAGCCUUUGGCAAGGAGUUGUCGCUGGCGUCUCGCUCCGUCCACGCCGAUGACUACAUCAACAGCCACCGGGCAGUCGCGCCCCCGAUGCACGUCUCCACUACCUUCCGGUAUUCACGGAAUCCAAACGAGCUGCAGCCCCAUUUUAAUGUCGAUCCCAACUCACCCCACGAUUCCCACAUGUAUUCGCGUCACACUGCGCCAAACACCACUCGGUAUGAGGCCAUCCUUAGCUCGCUCUUAGGAGGUCCAGCAUUGGCGUAUGCCUCAGGGCUGGCCGCUUUCCACGCCAUGAUUGUGUUUCUUAACCCUAAGCGUGUUGCCAUCGGCGGCGGCUACCACGGUUGCCACGGGAUCCUGAAACUAAUGAACAAGCUCAACGGCCUGGAACAGCUCGAGCUUGAAGACGAAGAGGACCUGGCAAAGCUGCAAAAGGGCGACAUCAUCCAUGUCGAGACGCCCCUCAACCCGACGGGCGAGGCACGGGACCUGGCUUAUUACCGCAAGAAAGCUGACGAGCUGGGCUGCUACCUAACUGUCGACGCAACAUUCGCGCCUCCGCCCCUGCAGGAUCCCUUCAAGUACGGUGUCGACAUUGUCAUGCACAGCGGGACCAAGUACUUUGGAGGCCACAGCGACAUGCUGAGCGGGGUGCUGGCGGUACGAGCCGACCUGGCGCACGGCAAAGAUGGCAAGGCAGGAUGGCUAGAAGGCCUGAUAGAGGAGCGGGCGCACCUCGGCGGUGUCAUGGGCAGCCUCGAAGGGUGGCUUGGUGUGCGCAGUCUGCGGACGCUCGAGUUGCGGGUGCGAAGGCAGAGCGACAACACCCAACACCUGGUAGACUGGCUGGGCUCGCAGCUCAAAGCUGGUGGGAAUGUGGUAUCGGAUUCGAUCAUCAAGAUCCAGCACGCCUCCCAGCAACCCGAAGCGUCCGACGCGGAUUCGUGGUUGCGCAAGCAGAUGCCCAACGGCUUCGGCCCAGUGUUCUCCCUGUGGUUGAAGUCGGAAGAACAUGCAAAGCGGCUGCCAAGCAAGCUGUUCCUGUUUCACCACGCCACCAGUCUCGGCGGCAUUGAGAGUCUGAUUGAGUGGAGGGCCAUGUCCGACCAAACGGUCGACAGGCGGCUGGUCCGGGUGAGCAUUGGCGUUGAGGGGUGGGAAGACUUGAAAGAUGAUUUACUGCAAGGGCUGCGGGCGCUGAAGGUGGAGCUCGGAGGUUAG